GCUGCUACCACUGACCGUGGAUCCUACACUGUUCCUGGCUUAGGUAAGAGAAAGCAAGAGAUUUUGAGCUCUGGCGGUGAAGUUUUGGAUUUGGCUAUUGCUAUGCUCGAGAGCGAUCACAUGAUUACCGACUAUCCCUACGGUGACAACAAGUCUGGCGAUGCUGCCAACUUUGGUAUCUUUAAGCAAAACUGGUUUAUGCUUCGUACCUCCACUUCUCAAUUCAAGGAUCAACCUGCUAGUGAUUCCGACGACGGUGCUGUGCUUAAUAAGGAUCUUAAGGCCGAUAUCAAAGCUAGACAUGAGUCUCAAAAGUUCUAUGGAACUGAAAAAUGGUUCGGUGGCCAUAGAAACGGCGAAAGCGGCUUGAACAACCCCGAUACAGUCGAUAUUAACACCUACAAAAGCGGUGUUAGCUGGAUUCAGGACCAACUUGCCAGCGAUCCCAAGUACUUGAAGGACGAUACCAGAUUCUGGGUCAAUGUUACCCCUAUCUAA